AUGACCGAUCGACCUUUUGUACCACUCAGGUCUGUGUGGCCAGAACCCGUAGCUCUACCCCAUCACUAUACCCCUCAUGCCGGUUCGUCAAAGAGUAAACCUACAGGGUUUCAUCAAUCAGUGCGUUCGAAAGGAGGAUGCUGGACAUGUAGAUCUCGUAAGGUCAAGUGUGAUGAAACAAAGCCCAUAUGCAAUAAAUGCUUUCGUCUAUAUCAUCAUUGUGACUGGGAACCAAGACUCAAUUUCAGGUAUGAAACAAAUAAAAUUGUAGCCCGUAUGCCAGGGGUUACUUUGAAGGGUAACUUGAUCUGGGAUCCAUCCGCUUCGAUUAUGCCUCCGCAAAGCAAUCGAUCAAAAGAACAUGACACGUUACCACCCUUUAACGAACUGUCAAACGACGGUCAACGUGAGAAGAAGGCUUCCUUUGAUCAACCGGGAGUUUAUACUUUAGUCGUUGUACCGGAAAGUUUUCAUGAGCUGCCAGAGUACCAGACCAAAAGCCCAGGCCCGAAAAGCUUUGGUACGAACGGACUUCCUUCUGCUCAGCGAUUCCAGUCAAACAGACCAGAUGUUGUUAUCCUAGGAAGAUUUGUAGGAUAUUCGGGUAGUCGUAGCCAGUCAGAAAAUCCACCCUCCAGGAAACCCAGCUUGGGAAAUGUUUCACCUCCCAGUGAGCUAUCUACCAUACCUGUGGAUAGAGAAACAGACUCAUAUCUGCUGGAUCAUUAUCGAAAUGUACUAGCGAAUCAAAUAUGCUGGUUGGCUGAACAAGUUUCGGGGCCAGAUGUAUUUGAAAGAUAUUCUGCAGAUUACUCUCCUUUGUAUCUCGCCAUCCUAGCCUUGUCUUCCCUGAGUCUAUCUCAAUCGAAUCACAUACCUUUUGAGGACGUUUUGAAGCGAUACCAUAUGGUCAUUACCGCGUUGGGCAGUUCAGUCAAAACUGAGGAAGACGCCUACUCUGAUGGGGCGCUAUUCACGCACUAUUUACUUUUACUAUUUGAGGUUGCUGCGACCGGACAUCGUGAAUUCAAUAUGUGGGAACAGCAUUCCGAUAGAAUUCUAUGUAUUCUUCAGCUUCGUCAGAAAGCUUAUGGCAAAGAAACACAUGGAUUCAUUAUUGUUUAUACCUCAUAUAUUGACAUGUAUGCUCUUCUGACCACUACUGGCACGGGGUCUUUCAGCAAGACCAUUAUUGAGCAAAACAUGCUACCGCCUCCCGAAGACGCUCUGCAGAACCGAUCGCUCAACAUGAUUUUCAACUCGGAAGCGCUUCGCCAGAUGCCCGAUUUGCUGAGGAUGAGUCGAGAACUAACUCUGAUUGCCCUUAAAAUGGCACAUACGGCACGAAAAUUGAAGUCGGAAGAAAAAGAUCUUUCAAAGCCAAGACUUGAAGUUAACAUGAAUCGAUGCAGAUCUAUGCAAGAUUUGCACAUACUUCUGAUGAAAUUUCGUGACACUUGGUCUAGAUUUCUAGAGAGGAGGACCGUGGAAGAGAGCUGGCUUCGCGAAUUGGCACAACUUCCAAGCGGACCAUUUAUUACUUGUAGAACAAAUGUAAACUUGUUUUAUCGAGCUUGCAAAAUAUACUAUCACACAAGCAUGUAUCAAGGCCAAUCGUUGAUACUAUCAGCAGAAGUGGGAGAAGAACUCUCUUCAUGUGCCAGAGAGAUAAUUUUGAUAAGCAAAAUGAUGAUAGAUCUAGGGUGUCUUGGGUCUAGAUUCAUAGUAUUCCCUAUUUUCAUGGCGGGUAUGGCAUCUCGGGUGAAGGAAGACAAACAAAGUGCUUUAAGCUUCCUUCACAGAUUGGAGGAGACAAGCUUUGGUUCGAAUACACGCACCACGAGAAAGUUGCUCGGAUCGAUAAUCGAAAAACAAGAAAUUGCGACCGCUGAGACGGGAAACCAUUUGUGUGUUAGUUGGAUUGAAGAAUUGGAAUCGAGUGGACAACAAUUAAUAUUGGUGGGCUUGUAA